GGUAUAGGUAAGAAGUUCUAUAUAUAAAGUAGGCCUGUUUAAAUGUCUAUUUACAAAAGUACAUUUUUGAUAAUAUAAUAUAUGGCUUUAAGAAGACCACAAUGGAUGUUUUUACUAGUAUUCCUGCAGACGGUAUUGCUUUUUAGCACUAUGGCCUUCGAAAAAAGUCCUGUGGAAAGGAGUCAAUCAUUGUCUUUGGUGACAAUGGUUCCGCUGCUUGAUAUUGAGAGGAAAUUGAUCGAUAACCUCAAUAACUAUGCCAAGGCCCUAGAGCAGAAGCUGCAGAUCAUAAGGAGCCAAAUCGCAGUGAUGCGUGCUGAGAACGAGAAAGGUAGACGGGAUCCCAUAUCCUAUCUCUCCAAUCCUCUGAAUGGCUUCUCACUCAUCCGACGACUGCAUCAGGAUUGGUUUAAGUGGCGAAAAUACUUGGAACAACCAGUGGGCAUCUCCCAAAUGCGAAAUUUGGCUCUUUGGCAGGGCGAACUACCCACAAAACUAGACUUGUGGGAUGCUUGUACCGGAAUAAUCCGCAUUCAGAGCACCUACAACAUAGGAACAAGUGACUUUAUCAACGGUAAACUUGAUGGAAAACAGUAUAAUGCCAGCAUGAGUUCUGCAGAUAUUUUUGCAGUGGGUGAGCAUCUUUCAAAGGAAAAUAGAUCAGCGAAAGCUGUUGAUUGGCUACAGGAGAUGCCCCACCGCCUAAAGAAAGACCUUUUCCCAGAGCACCUGGCAAUAAAGGAGGUGAAGGUCCUGAAAUUACUGGCUGAAAUGCACGUGAAUCUAAAACACUUCUCAAAAGCAUUGAUUCUGCUGGAUAAUUGUCAGCAGCUUAAGCCCCACGAUGCUGCUCUUCUGCGACUCAGACUAAAAACAAUGGACUUUAUUGCCAGUCAACCAAAAACUAUACUUCCGGAAAAUAAGCAGCUGAAAGCUUCAAUUGGAAAGGGCUAUAAGGUGAGCUGCAGGGGAAAUUCCGAGAGGUCCAGUAGACUGCACUGUUUCUACAACUUCACUACCACACCAUUCCUUCGUCUGGCACCACUAAAAACUGAGCAAAUCGGACUGGAUCCAUAUAUGGUGCUCUAUCAUGAAGUUCUAUCCAAACGGGAAAUGUCCCUGCUGAUGAGUCGUGCCUCUCGGAAAAUGGAAGUGGCCAGAAUCUAUAACACAAAUCCGAAAAACAAAAACAAAGUGAGGACAGCAAAGGGACAUUGGUUCAGUAAGGAGAAUGACGAGUUAACCAGACGAAUCGAUAGGCGGAUUCAAGACAUGACUGGUUUUGACUUGACCGAUUCCGAAGAAUUUCAGGUGAUUAACUAUGGGAUAGGUGGACACUAUCACACGCACUCUGAUUACUUUGACUUUGCAUCUGCUAAUUAUUCGGGAGAACGUAAUCGCCAGGCAAUUUUUUUGGGUGAUCGAAUUGCCACAGUGCUCUUUUAUUUGACCGACGUUGAACAGGGUGGAGCCACGAUCUUCAGGAAUGCAGGAUACUCCAUAUAUCCUCGGGCUGGAACAGCCAUCUUCUGGUUUAACUUGAAUACUGAUGGGAACGGUGAUCCCCGCACACAACAUGCCGCCUGCCCAGUGAUAGUGGGUUCCAAAUGGGUGAUGACCGAGUGGAUACGCGAAUGGAAGCAGAUCUUUAUCAGACCCUGUUUGCCCCAUGCCACGGGCACCUCUUCGAAACUGAGCAGAACGAAAUCAUAGACAAACAAAUUUCCGGCAUAAUCACUCUGCACACUUAACAAAAACCCACCCAGCUCAGCUUAAAUGCCUUUUUAAAAUGCCAACACGGAAAAAAUAAAGUGCUGAGUGGUUGAUA